AGUACAGGUGGGACUCAAUUAUGGCAAAAAAAAAAAGUGACUGCAGUGCCUGAAUGACAGAUUUGGGAAACACCGUCCCAAAGGGAGAAGGUACAGAGAGUAUUCUGAGGUGCUGCAGUUCUGGGUUUAAAAAUUAUUCUUUCUCCAAUUUCAUUCAUUCACCACUUGGCACAAGAGUGUUUUCAAAGAAACCUUUCUCUUUUUCUUUUGAUUUUGCAGAUUCCAGAAAGAAACUGGAAGUUAAGGAUUUAAGGAGAGACUGUUGUCUUAAAAUAGUCUCACUUAUUUCAAAGAACACAUGCCAGAAACUUAAAAAGGUAUUAUUAACCACUAAUUUAAAUAUAUAUUUAACAUUAUCAACUGGUAUCCUUUAAGGAGUUGCACUGAGAGCCUGGCCCUGGAUCCCGAUUGCCCUUCUGCCAGGAGGACACACACAGCCAAAGAUGAAUUUGGGAAAAGCAGCCGCUUGCUCCUUUAACCAUGGAAAAGCAGAGCCGCAGUGAGAUGGAAAUCAUCCCGGCAGAGCCGCACUCCUACGUUAAAUUGUUGAAAGUCAACCGGGAACAUCUGGUCACUCACAUCCGCAACACUCAGUGUCUGGUGGACAACUUGCUGCAGAAUGACUACUUCUCUGCCGAAGAUGCGGAGAUCGUGUGCGCCUGCCCCACGCAGCCUGACAAGGUCCGCAAAAUUCUGGAUCUGGUGCAAAGCAAGGGUGAUGAAGUGUCCGAGUUCUUCCUCUACGUGCUCCAGCAGCUCGCAGAUGCUUACGUGGACCUCAGGCCUUGGCUGUCAGAGAUCGGCUUCUCCCCUUCCCAGAUCAUUCAGAGCAAAGCUAUUGUCAACACCGAUCCAGUGAGCAGAUACACCCAGAAGCUGCGACACCAGCUGGGCCGGGACUCCAAGUUCAUCCUGUGCUAUGCCCAAAAGGAGGAGCUGCUGCUGGAGGAGAUGUACAUGGACACCAUCAUGGAGCUGGUCAACUUCAACAACGAGAGCCUGGGCAGCCUGGGUAGCCUGGCCUGUCUCCUGGACCCCUCCACAGGCGUCCUCAAUGAGCAGGGCGAGACCAUCUUCAUCUUUGGCGAUGCGGGCGUGGGCAAGUCCAUGCUGCUGCAGCGGCUGCAGGGCCUCUGGGCGGCGAACCAGCUGGACACUGGGCUCAAGUUCUUCUUCCACUUCCGCUGCCGCACAUUCAGUUGCUUCAAGGAGAGCGCCACGCUGUGUCUGCAGGACCUGCUCUUCAAGCACUACUGCUACCCGGAGCAGGACCCCGAGGAGGUGUUCGCUUUCCUGCUGCGCUUUCCCCACACGGCCCUCUUCACCUUCGACGGCCUGGACGAGCUCCACUUGGACUUCGACCUGAGUGGCCAGCCCGACACCUCCUCCCCCUGGGAGCCCGCGCACCCCCUGGUCCUGCUGGCCAACCUGCUCAGUGGGAAGCUGCUCAAGGGGGCACGCAAGCUGCUCACGGCCCGCACGGGGACCGAAAUCCCGCGCCAUCUCCUUUGGAAGAAGGUGCUUCUGCGGGGCUUCUCCCCCAGCCACCUGCGGGCCUACACCGGGAGGAUGUUCCCUGAGCGCGCCAUGCGCCAGCACCUGCUGGACCAGCUGGAGGCCAACCCCAACCUCUGCAGCCUGUGUGCCGUGCCCCUCUUCUGCUGGAUCAUCUUCAGGUGUUUCCAGCAUUUCCACGACGCCUUUGACAGCUCCCCGCAGCUGCCUGACUGCACGAUAACGCUGACCGACAUCUUCCUGCUGGUCACCGAGGUCCACCUGAACAGGACGCAGCCCACCAGCCUGGUGCAGCGGAACACGCGGAGCCAGACAGAGACCUUCCGCUCUGGCCAGGGCACUCUGCGCUCUCUGGGGCAGGUGGCCUACGGGGGCAUGGAGAAGAGCCUGUUUAUCUUCAGCCAGGAGGAGGUGCAAGCCUCUGAAGUGCAGGAGGGGGAUCUGCAGCUGGGCUUCCUGCGAUCUGGGCUGGAGCUGGGCCUCGGAGGCGACCAGCAGUCCUAUGAGUUUUUCCACUUAACCCUCCAGGCCUUCUUUGCUGCCCUCUUUCUCGUGCUGGACGACAAGGUAGGCACCCAGGAGCUGCUCAGGUUCUUCCAGGAGUGGGCUCCUCCUGAGGAGGCGGCAGCCCCGUCCUGCUAUCCCCCCUUCCUCCCAGUCCACUGCCUGGGGGGCCGUGGCCUGGCGAGGGAGGACCCCUUCAAGAACAAGGAUCAUUUUCAUUUCACCAACCUCUUCCUGUGUGGGCUGUUGUCCAAAGGCAAACAGAAACUCCUGCAGCACCUGGUGCCCGCUGCUGCCCUGCGGAGAAAGCGCAAGGCCCUGUGGGCUCACCUGUUCGCCAGCCUGCGCUCCCACCUGAAGAACCUGCCCCGAGUUCAGUCUGGGGGCUUCAACCAGGUGCAGGCCAUGCCCACCUUCAUCUGGAUGCUGCGCUGCAUCUAUGAGACGCAGAGCGAGAAGGCGGGGCGGCUGGCGGCCAGGGGCAUCUGCGCCAACUACCUCAAGCUGACCUUCUGCAACGCCUACUCGGCCGACUGCAGCGCCCUCUCCUUCGUCCUACACCACUUCCGCAAGCAGCUCGCCCUCGACCUGGACAACAACAACCUCAACGACUACGGCGUGCGGGAGCUGCAGCCCUGCUUCAGCCGCCUCACCGUCAUUAGACUCAGUGUAAACCAGAUCACCGACAGUGGGGUGAAGGUGCUGUACGAAGAGCUGACCAAAUACAAAAUACUGACGUUUUUAGGCUUAUACAACAACCAGAUCACCGAUGUCGGAGCCAGGUACAUCGCCAGAAUCCUGGAGGAGUGCAAAGGCCUCACACACCUGAAGCUGGGAAAAAACAAAAUAACGAGUGAAGGAGGAAAGUGUCUUGCCCUGGCUGUGAAGAACAGCAAAUCCAUCUUUGAAGUUGGGAUGUGGGGCAAUCAGAUCGGUGAUGAGGGAGCCAAGGCCUUCGCAGAGGCUCUGAGGAACCACCCCAGCUUGACCAACCUGAGUCUCGCAUUCAAUGGCAUCUCUACAGAAGGAGGAAAGAGUCUCGCAUGGGCCCUGCAGCGGAAUGCAUCUCUGAGAAUAUUCUGGCUCACCAAAAAUGAACUUGAUGAUGAAGUGGCUGAGAGCUUGGCAGAGAUGUUGAAAGUCAACCAGACAUUGAAACAUUUAUGGCUUAUCCAGAACCAGAUCACAGCCAAGGGGAUGGCCCAAUUGGCAGAUGCGUUACAGAAGAACACUGGCAUAAUGGAGAUCUGCUUAAAUGGGAACUUGAUAAAGCCAGAGGAGGCCAAAGUAUUUGAAGAUGAGAAGCGGAUUGUCUAUUUCUGAGAGGCUGUUUUCCUGUUGGUGGGUUUUGGCCCUGGAGGCAACUCUGUGCAGCUGCAUGUCUUGGAU